AUGACGGCCAUGGAACAUCUUGUAGAGAUGUAUGAAGAAAUUCAUGAUAACCAGGCUUGGAACACCGUUUAUCAAGAAAUAGAUAGGCAAUCAUGUAAACAAGAAGAGGAAUUAAAACUUACCACAGAAAUAGCGCAUUCUUGGGAAAAUAGCGAACGCAAUCGUUAUCGAAAUGUUUUAGCUUACGACUCUACCCGUGUUGUGUUGAAAGGAAAGAGUAAUGAGGAUUCAGAUUAUAUUAAUGCUUCAUCAUUACUUGUUCCAUCUGCAAAACGUAACUACAUUUUGACACAGGGACCUCUCUCAACGACUAGCAACGAUUUUUGGCAAAUGGUAUGGGAACAGAGUAGUACACUUAUAAUCAUGCUAAAUAGGCUAGUAGAAAAAGGUGUGCCGAAAUGUCAUGAUUAUUUUCCAUCUCUGAACAGUCGAGUGCGUGAAUUCGACUCCUUUAAUGUUGUUCUGAAAGAUGAACAAAAUUUUGACCAUUACGUGAUUCGAGACAUGGAACUUUUGUGCAAAAAAAAUGAAUUGUUGAACAACACAUCAUCUGAGUCAUGGUCGCGCCCAGUCAAGCAUUUUCAGUUUAUAAGUUGGCCAGACUUUGGUGUUCCCAAUUCAACUUUCGUGUUUAUUGAUUUCUUGCAAAAAAUACGUGAUACUAAUCUUUUGUUGGAAAAAACUCCUACUGUUGUACACUGUUCAGCAGGUAUUGGACGUAGUGGGACGUUUGUAGUUGCUGAUUCAGUUUUAUCAAUGGUUGAACAAAAUGUGGAGAAAAUUGAUGUGAUAGAUAUGAUAGUGGAAAUGAGAAAAUCAAGAAUGGGAUUAAUUCAAACACCGCAGCAAUUACAGUUUUGUUGGAAAACUAUUGUCGAUGCAAUAAAGCAAGAGUUGUUCUCCAAGAAAAAGUCAUAUGUUGAGAAGUCAGUAAAUGGUAAUAUUGAAAAGAAUCUUUUCUCUGCAUCGACCAACUGUGUCUCUCAAAAAGUUGAAGACUUUGUAAUUCAAAAAAACGAGAUUCCUAUAGAUUCGCAUGCAAAUCUUUGUGGAGACUCAUCCGCUAGAAAAAGAACAUCUGCUGAUGCUUCUGAUUUGGAAAAAGAAGCAAAACAAGCAAGAAGGAAACAGCGCAUAGAAGAGAUGCGUCAACGUCUGUUAAAAUGUGAUAAAUCACACAAAAAUUGGCGUCGUAUGGCGUUUGGUAGUCCUGGCAUCGGAUAUGCAUGUGCAACAGUUGCAGUUGCCUUUGCAGUAUAUUAUAUUUACCGGUUAAUUUCAUAG